UUACUUCUUUAGCCGAAUUUCAUCCUUUAUUUCCCCACCUCGCUCUCUCUCGUUACUCUCUCUCUCUUGAAAACACUUACGAAAAAUACUAAAACAUUAGAAAAACUAAAGAAGAAUGCGCUCGUAUGAAGUUAUGAGACGAGAAACCUUGAGAACAUCCGGGUUGCGAACAAGAGUAUAAUGUCCUUGAUAAGUUGUGAUUAUUGUCUUGCUGUGCUGUAUUUAAGGAAGCCGGUGACAGCGAGUGGAUAUCACAUCGGUCACAAUAAGACGACUGCUUCACAAAUAUUAUCAUCUGAUAUUUGAUUGGAGAAGAAAUUAUCCAUAUUUGGACUUUAACAACUGUGUCUUCAUAUAAAUAGAUUUCAAAUCAGUAUUCAUUACAACAUGAAGUUCAGUUUUAUGAUAGUUUUCGUUACCUUACUCUCUUCUUCCUGCUUUGCACAACAAAAUACUGUAACUGCUUUUGAAGAACAUUCUACUGUGGAAAACGCAACUGAAAAAAGUUGCCCAUUUCUACCAAAUCCACACAACAUAUACAGUUACAUAGAAAUGACUGUUGAUAGAAAUUACACACGGAAUUGUGCACCAGGAACCAUUUACAGUAAAGAUCAUUGUCUAUGUAUUACUGACACAAAUGCCACCAGAAGACAUGAAGAUCAACGCCGAUGCAACCCUUCUCUGCUUCUUAAUUUCGAAAACGAUCUCUUCGAUAAAUCUAGUAAUAAUUUACCACUUUACUCUGCCAAAGUCACACUUUCCAAUAAUGGUACAGCUCUCUUCUCCCCCAAUAGUCGAAUGACUAUUUGGCGUUUUUCCAAUGUUGCGUUUCGUCAAGGUCUCUACAUUACAUUAUCCAUCUUGAGUACAGCUCAAACUUCUGAUCGACAAAUUAUCUUUACAAAUGAUGGAAGCUCAAAUCUGGAUGGCCCGUCUAUUUCUGCUGCAAUUGAGGGAGAGAAAUAUGUCUUUCAGCUUGUAACCAGCGCAAGACAAGAAACAAUAACGAUAGAUAAGGAACCCGGUUUUAACAAUGUAACUCUAAUGUAUAACAGCCGGGAAUUUCGUGUUUCUUGCAACAAUGCGACUGUAUCACGCAAACUUACAGGAGUUAUCCAUAAAAAAAUCACUGCUCUAACUAUAGGAGGAUUCAAUGGGAAAUCAUUUACGGGCGAACUUGGGGAUUUUGAACUGUUCACAUGCAUUCCGGAGAACGCCCAGUAAUAAUAUAACGGUUAGAAGGACAGUAAAGGAUAACACCAGACCGGUGAAACAGACGCAAUUAUAACUUUUUUUUGCCAGAUUAAUAACAGCAAUAAUACUACCAUAUCCAAUUUUGUAGCAGCAAAUAUAAUACUGUAAAAUAGCAUUCUAACAAAAGAAACGAUGACUGUAACUAGUUUAAGUAUAGACAAUUUUAAGAAUGUAAUUAUUUUAAAAGAAGCAAUGAUAUUAUUAUAACCAUUUUAACAGAGGAACUCAAAAAUUGUAUGUAACUAGUUUAACUAAGGUGUAAUAAUGUUUUGAAUAAAGUAGAAUUAAUAACUAUGUGAAUCUUAUUAAAUAAAAUAAAAAAUCACUGCAUCA